GCAACCUGCUUAGGCCAAUCGGCGUGGCCCUCCGCGGAGCCCAUUUCUGUCUGAAGGUCUUCAGGGCCGAGGACUUGCCACAGAUGGACGAUGCCGUGAUGGACAACGUGAGGCAGAUCUUUGGCUUUGACAGUAACAAGAAGAACUUGGUGGAUCCCUUUGUGGAAGUCAGCUUUGCAGGGAAAAUGCUCUGCAGCAAGAUCCUGGAGAAGACAGCCAAUCCUCAGUGGAACCAGAGCGUCACACUGCCUGCCAUGUUUCCCUCCAUGUGUGAGAAAAUGAGGAUUCGCGUCAUAGACUGGGACCGCCUCACCCACAAUGAUAUUGUGGCCACCACCUACCUGAGUAUGUCGAAGAUCUCUGCCUCUGGAGGCGAGAUAGAAGAGGAGCCUGCAGGUGUGGUCAAGCCUCCUCCAGCCACAGACCUGGAUGACCAUCUAGGCUUCCUCCCCACCUUUGGGCCCUGCUACAUCAACCUCUAUGGCAGCCCCAGGGAGUUCACUGGCUUCCCGGAUCCCUAUGCAGAGCUCAACACGGGCAAGGGGGAAGGCGUGGCCUACCGAGGCCGGCUCCUGCUCUCCCUGGAGACCAAGCUGGUGGAGCACAGUGAACAGAAAGUGGAGGCUCUCUCUGCCGAUGACAUCCUUCGGGUGGAGAAGUACCUCCGGAGGCGCAAGUACUCGCUCUUUGCCGCCUUCUACUCGGCCACCAUGCUGCAGGAUGUUGAUGACGCUGUCCAGUUCGAGGUCAGCAUCGGAAACUAUGGCAACAAGUUCGACACCACCUGCCUGCCGCUGGCCUCCACCACCCAGUACAGCCGGGCGGUCUUCGAUGGAUGCCACUACUACUACCUACCCUGGGGCAACGUGAAGCCCGUGGUGGUGCUGUCUUCUUACUGGGAGGACAUCAGCCACAGAGUCGAGGCUCAGAACCAGCUUCUCAGGAUUGCCGACCAGCUGGAAGCCGGCCUGGAGCAGGUCCACUUGGCCCUGAAGGCUCCGUGUUCCGCCGAGGAUGCGGACUCCCUGGUGUCUCAGCUGAUGGAUGAGCUCAUCGCAGGCUGCAGCCAACCCCUGGGAGAUGUCCAGGAGAUGCCCUCUGCCACUCACCUGGACCAGUACCUGUACCAGCUGCGUACCCGCCACCUAAGCCAGAUCACCGAGGCGGCCCAGGCCCUGAAGCUCGGCCACAGUGAUCUCCCCGUCGCCCUGGAGCAGGCUGAGGACUGGCUCCUGCGACUCCGUGCCCUGGCUGAUGAGCCCCAGAACAGCCUGCCCGACAUCGUCAUCUGGAUGCUGCAGGGCGACAAGCGGGUGGCGUACCAGCGGGUACCUGCCCAUGAGGUCCUCUUCUCCCGUCGGGGCACCAGCUACUGUGGCAAGAACUGUGGAAGACUGCAGACAAUAUUUCUGAAAUAUCCGAUGGAAGGGGUGCCCGGAGCCCGGAUGCCAGUGCAGAUUCGGGUCAGGCUCUGGUUUGGACUCUCUGUGGAUGAAAAGGAGUUCAACCAAUUCGCUGAGGGCAAGCUCUCCGUCUUCGCUGAAACCUAUGAGAACCAGACCAAGCUGGCCCUGGUUGGCAACUGGGGCACAACGGGCCUCACGUACCCCAAGUUUUCUGACAUCACGGGCAGGAUCAAGCUACCCAAGGACAGCUUCCGCCCCUCGGCCGGCUGGGCCUGGGCUGGAGACUGGUUCGUGUGUCCAGAGAAGACACUGCUUCACGACACUGAUGCUGGCCACCUGAGCUUCGUGGAGGAGGUAUUUGAGAACCAGACCCGGCUCCCCGGAGGCCAGUGGAUCUACAUGAGCGACAACUACACAGACGUGAACGGGGAGAAGGUGCUUCCCAAGGAUGACAUCGAGUGCCCGCUGGGUUGGAAGUGGGAAGAUGAAGAGUGGUCCACGGACCUCAAUCGGGCCGUUGAUGAACAAGGCUGGGAGUACAGCAUCACCAUCCCGCCGGACCGGAAGCCGAGGCACUGGGUCCCUGCUGAGAAGAUGUACUACACACAUCGGCGGCGGCGCUGGGUCCGUCUGCGCAGGAGGGACCUCAGCCAGAUGGAGGCGUUGAAGCGGCACAGGCAGGCGGAGGCAGAGGGCGAGGGCUGGGAGUACGCCUCGCUCUUUGGCUGGAAGUUCCAUCUGGAGUACCGCAAGACGGAUGCUUUUCGCCGCCGCCGCUGGCGCCGCCGCAUGGAGCCCCUGGAGAAGACGGGGCCUGCGGCUGUGUUUGCCCUUGAGGGGGCCCUGGGUGGCGUGGUGGAUGACAGGAGUGAAGAUUCCGUGUCCGUCUCCACCUUGAGUUUUGGUGUGAACAGACCCACGAUCUCCUGCAUCUUUGACUACGGGAACCGCUACCAUCUACGCUGCUACAUGUACCAGGCCCGGGAUCUGCCUGCAAUGGACAAGGACUCUUUUUCCGAUCCCUAUGCAGUCGUCUCCUUCCUGCACCAGAGCCAGAAGACGGUGGUGGCGAAGAACACCCUGAACCCCACCUGGGACCAGACGCUCAUCUUCUACGAGAUCGAGAUCUUUGGCGAGCCGAGCAGCAUCGCUGAGCAGCCGCCCAGCAUCGUGGUGGAGCUGUAUGACCAUGACACCUACGGUGUAGAUGAGUUCAUGGGACGCUGCAUCUGUCAGCCGAGUCUGGAACGGAUGCCCCGGGUGGCGUGGUUCCCGCUGACGAGGGGCAGCCAGCCGGCCGGUGAGCUGCUGGCCUCUUUUGAGCUCAUCCAGAGAGAGAAGCCGGCCAUCCACCAUAUUCCUGGUUUUGAGGUACAGGACACAACAGGGAUCCUGGAAGAGCUGUGUGCACCUGCCUUCUUCCUCCAGGGCCUCCUGCCAACGUCGGAGGACACGGACCUGCCCUACCCGCCACCCCAGAGGGAGACCAACAUCUACAUGGUCCCCCAGAACAUCAAGCCGGUUCUCCAGCGAACCGCCAUUGAGAUCCUGGCGUGGGGUCUUCGGAACAUGAAGAGCUACCAGCUGGCCAGCGUGUCCUCCCCGAGCCUGGUGGUGGAGUGCGGGGGCCAGUCUGUGCAAUCCUGUGUCAUCAAGAACCUCCGGAAGAACCCCAACUUCGACAUCUGCACCCUCUUCAUGGAAGUGAUGCUGCCCAGGGAGGAGCUGUACUGUCCCCCCAUCGUGGUCAAGGUCAUUGAUAACCGCCAGUUUGGCCGCCGGCCCGUGGUGGGCCAGUGUACCGUCCGCUCCCUGGAGAGCUUCCUGUGUGACCCGUACUCAGAGGACAGUCCGUCCCCACAGGGCGGCCCAGAUGACGUGAGCUUACUCAGUCCCGGGGAAGAUGUGCUGAUCGACAUCGAUGACAAGGAGCCCCUCAUCCCCAUCCAGUUUGCAGAUGGUCUGUCGGGCUUGGCCCCCACUAACAUGGCAUCUUCUCCAUCCAGUCUUCAUGAGGAGGAAUUCAUUGAUUGGUGGAGCAAAUUCUUUGCCUCAAUUGGGGAGAGUGAAAAGUGUGGGUCCUACCUGGAGAAGGACUUUGACACUCUAAAGGUCUAUGACACACCCCUGGAGAAUGUGAAGGCCUUUGAGGGCCUGUCUGACUUUUGUAAUACAUUCAAGCUCUACCGGGGCAAGACUCAGGAGGAGACUGAAGACCCAUCAGUCAUUGGGGAGUUUAAGGGACUCUUCAAAAUUUACCCUCUCCCAGAAGACCCAGCCAUCCCCUUGCCCCCGAGGCAGUUCCACCAGCUGGCUUCCCAGGGGCCCCAGGAAUGCCUGGUCCGUGUCUACAUUAUCCGAGCGUUUGGCCUGCAGCCCAAGGAUCCCAAUGGGAAGUGUGACCCUUACAUCAAGAUCUCCAUAGGGAAGAAGUCAGUGAGUGACCAGGACAACUACAUCCCUUGUACUCUGGAGCCUGUAUUUGGAAAGAUGUUCGAGCUGACCUGCACUCUGCCUCUGGAGAAGGACCUGAAGGUCACCCUCUAUGACUAUGACCUCCUCUCCAAGGAUGAAAAGAUUGGGGAGACAGUCAUUGACCUGGAGAACAGGCUGCUGUCCAAGUUCGGGGCCCGCUGUGGACUCCCCCAGACCUACUGCGUCUCUGGACCCAACCAGUGGAGGGAUCAGCUCCGCCCCUCCCAGCUCCUCCACCUCUUCUGCCAGCAGCGCCGAGUCAAGGCCCCCGUGUACCGGACAGACCGUGUGGUGUUUCAGGAUAAAGAAUACACCAUCGAAGAAAUAGAGGCUGGCAGGGUCCCGAACCCACAUCUGGGUCCAGUGGAGGAGCGUCUGGCCUUGCACGUCCUCCAGCAGCAGGGCCUGAUCCCUGAGCACGUGGAGUCCCGGCCUCUCUACAGCCCCCUGCAGCCGGACAUUGAGCAGGGGAAGCUGCAGAUGUGGGUUGACCUGUUUCCAAAGGCCCUGGGACGGCCGGGACCUCCCUUCAACAUCACCCCACGGAGAGCCAGAAGGUUUUUCCUGCGUUGUAUUAUCUGGAACACCAAGGAUGUGAUCCUGGAUGACCUCAGCAUCACCGGGGAGAAGAUGAGCGACAUUUAUGUGAAAGGUUGGAUGGUUGGCUUUGAAGAACACAAGCAAAAGACAGAUGUACAUUAUCGGUCCCUGGGAGGUGAAGGCAACUUUAACUGGAGGUUCGUUUUCCCUUUCGACUACUUGCCAGCUGAGCAAGUCUGCACCGUCUCCAAGAAGGAUGCUUUCUGGAGGCUGGACAAGACAGAGAGCAAGAUCCCCGCACGAGUGGUAUUCCAGAUCUGGGACAAUGACAAGUUCUCCUUUGAUGACUUUCUGGGCUCUCUGCAGCUGGACCUCAACCGCAUGCCCAAGCCCGCCAAGACAGCCGAGAAGUGCUCCGUGGACCAGCUGGAAGACACUCUCCACCCAGAGCGGUUCGUGUCUCUUUUUGAACAGAAGACAGUGAAGGGCUGGUGGCCCUGUGUGGCAGAUGAGGGUGAGAAGAAGAUCCUGGCGGGCAAGCUGGAGAUGACCUUGGAGAUUGUAACAGACAGUGAGCAUGAGGAGCGGCCAGCCGGCCACGGCCGGGAUGAACCUAACAUGAACCCCAAGCUCGAGGACCCAAGGCGGCCUGACACCUCCUUCCUCUGGUUCACCUCCCCGUACAAGACUAUGAAGUUCAUCCUGUGGCGGCGGUUCCGGUGCGCCAUCAUCCUCUUCUUCGUUCUCUUCGUCUUCCUGCUCUUCUUGGGCAUCUUUGUCUAUUCCUUCCCGAACUAUGCUGCCAUGAAGCUGGUGAAGCCCUUCAGCUGAGGACUCCUGGGCCCAGGACUGGCUUCCUCUUCUGCCCCACUCGGUAGAGCUCCUCCAGAUGUUCAAGCCUGACCGUCCUGCCGGGGUGGGCAGAUGGACUGGUGUACACAACCAAGUGCUGGCGACGUCGAGCCCUGGGAUCAGCCGCUGUCAUCAUUUCUUUCUCCCCUGAACCGAACCGUGUUGGAUCAGCCCAUGUGUAUUUCAGCAUAAAACAGGUGGAACCACAAAGCA